AUGUCCUUCGCCUACAUUAUCCCAAGACUGCCCCCCGUGUUCCUGCUGCAAAGUAGGAACGGGAUGCGCCUACAACACUCAACUCCGGAUAGACAACUACUGCUGGGGAGGGUGAACAAUUGCAAUAAUGCAUGUGCGAACAAUUCUUGUGACGCGUUGAACGGCCAAUGUGACCAAGGUUGUGAAUAUGGAUAUUCGGGGUCGUUUUGUAACAGUUCGUGUCCAGCAAAUUGCAAAUCGUGCCACCAAUUCAACGGUAGAGGAUGUAUUGAAGAAAUUGUGGCUGACAAUAACGGCGCUGUGAUGAUAGGCGCUAUGGGAGGAGUUAUUGCUCUUCUAUCGGUUUUUCUUGCUCUUUCUGUUGGUUAUAUUGUUUUCAUGAAAAGACGUCACAAUAGAGAACACACGGAGAAACAAUCAGCCUCAGACUCAAAAGCUGACGAAGAAGCUCGAACAUACGAACAGUUACAAGAACGUACGGAACAACCAAACUUUCAGAAUGUCAAGGACAAUGGCUCUGACAACUAUGCCGUGUUGUUUGCAGAUACAAACAUAUAAUCCUCAUUUCUUUUUGAAUAAUUUACAUAAC